AAGUGAUAUCUCAUUGUGGUUUUGAUUUGCGAAAUUGAUUAUUAUUAAUGUGUGCAUGGACUUUGGAGUCAUUUACUUGAUACCAAUAAAGGCGUUAGCAUUUUUUGGGUGACAGACCUUGGUUGAUUUAUGUAAUGCUCUAAAGCUCAGUUUUCUCAUCUCUUCAGUAGAUUAUCACUACCUAUCUGUAUGGCUGGCAUAAAGAUGGAAUCAAUUAUUAAGUACUCUAUACAUAGGCAGUCUGAAAACUUUGAUAUUAUUACUGUUUAUAAGAAAUAUUAGUAGAGAACAGCAUUAGCUGAUGCCAGAUGAGGAUGACAGUCCAUAAAAUGUGUCAUAGAAGAAGUUUUUCAUUAGCCACCCCACCUUCAGGAGAAGCAGCUGGGCUGGGAGCAUGGGUAUGGGGUGAUGGAGAAAUCUAUAGUAGAAGCAAAAUUUUGGUCACAGAGCUGUUGCUUUGCCACCAAGCUAAAAAUAACAUCACUGUAUAUUUAGAAUUAUGAGCCUAGAUACAAUGACAAUAAGAGAAAUUGUCUCUCCCUUGAGCUUAUAUCCUGUGGGGUAAACAGCUGGGUGGAAGGUACUUGUGGUAAUCUAUUCCUUAUGAUCAAGGCCACUAAAUAAUUGAGGAAUCCUGGGUACUGCAUGAUGAUACCAAUCUCUUCAUCUUGCUGGAAGUGUCCCAUUCUACAAUGUUGUUUUCAAGGCAGGCUCCUCCAUAGGCCUUCCUGGUUUUCUUCAGGAAUUACAGGGAUCUCUUCCUGGUUCUCUUUAAGAGAGUCCAGUGCGCUGACUCAUACGUACUACAUGUGGUCAGCAAACUGGGCUCAGAGCCAUCGGAUCAGUCAGAAGGCCAGAGUUCAGGGAACUGAAGGCCCAGAGGACUGCCUGGAGGUUCGGAAAAGGGUUUAAGAGAGCUCCCAAAGUAGAGCACAGGUUACUUUCAGCACUGACCCAAAGAAGGUGAAAGAAUGCUCUCUUAGCUCCAUGCCUCUCCUCUUUUUUUGUUUAGGGGUAUUUAUAUCUCCACAGGUUGUCACCUUCUGCUUGAAGUGAUAGCUCUCUAUGCAAAUGUGUAGAGACAAAAAGUAUAUUUAGUAGUUCAAACUGAGUUAUGGGUUGAAGAAGUAGGGUUGCUGUGUAUGGUCAUGUGAGUUGUGCACUGUACAACUCAAAGGGAUCCCAUUUACUUUGGAGUCUCCAUGGACCAAGUUACUGCCUUGGAUAGUGAUAUGUUCUCAUAUCAUGGAGAGAUUUCAGAGACCCCUAUUAGACUGUCAUCCCCUCGACUAUCCUAGGGUGGUUAAUAAUGGUUCCCACAGGGUUUCCAAGCAGAAUUCCUAUAACAGUCCUUCUAAAUUCCUUUUCAGAAUUUCUAUAAUAUCCUAGUUGGAUCAAGAAAGAUGAAGAUAUGAAUGUUUUCAAAAGUCACUCUGGCUGCUCAGUGGAGAAUGAACUAAAGCACAGCCAGCAGCGAGAGCAGGCAGCCAUUCACCAGUCCAGGUUUUGGACCACAGAUGAACCUAGGGCAAUGGAAUGAAUGGUCGAACCACUGCUGAGUACAUUUUCAGCUUACAUGGAGAAGUUGUUGUGGAAGCCACCUAUACAUCCAUAUACAGAAUUUAUGGAGAAGCCUCCAGAUAAUGGAAGUCAUUCAGAAGAAUUCUUUUCCCAUCUUAAAUGUAGACUGGAGAAAAAAGAUUUACCAGCUUGUGCCAGUGAAAGUCGUCUCAUCUGCCUGAAGCAGGACAUUCUAAAUGAAAAGAAUGAAUUAGAAGCAACACUUAAGGAAGCUGAGUUGGCAACUCAUUCUGUAGGAUUACUUUUGCCAUUACUUAAGGAUACUAUUGAAGAGAUUAGUUUUGAAAAUGCUACUCUUUCUGCAUCCAAUUUGAAGAAGAUUUCUGAACAGAAGGAAGUAUUAACAAAAGAAUUAGACACUUUUAAACAUGUAAAAUUGGCUUUAGAACAUCUUCUUACAAAGACAGACUACAAACAAACAGGAGACAAUUUACCUAGCAUGUUGUUAAAGAAUUUAACUGAUGAUGAAAGUGAAAAUACUCUGAAGAAUCUUAAGAAGAAGGUACUUGAGAAGGAGACCUAUAUCCAAGAACUUUCUUGUUUGUUUCAGAAUGAAAAGGCAAAUGCUUUGAAAGCAAACCGUUUUUCUCAAUCAGUAAAAGUAGUACAUGAACGACUACAGCUCCAAAUUCAUAAAAAGGAAGCAGAGAAUGAUAAAUUAAAAGAAUACAUAAAGAGCUUAGAAUCCAAGAUAGCCAAAUGGAACUUGCAGUUGAGAAUGAAUAAGCAGGAGGCUGUGGCGAUGAAGGAAGCAAGUAGGCAAAAAGCUGUAGCUCUAAAAAAGGCAUCUAAAAUUUAUAAACAAAGGCUUGAACAUUUUACAGGAGAUAUUGAAAACUUUACUUCCCAAAUUAGAGAUCAGGAAGCCAAAUUGUCUGAAACAAUUUCAGCUUCCAAUGCCUGGAAAAGUCGUUAUGAGGAAAUUGUAAUAGAAAAAACUGAAUUGGAAGUUCAGAUCGAAACAAUGAAAAAGCAAAUCACUAAUCUUUUGGAAGAUCUGAAGAAAAUGGAAGACCUUGGAAAAAAUUCAUGUGAAGAAAUUUGUAGAAAACUUCACUCAAUUGAAUAUGAAAAUGAAAUUCUAAAUCUUGAGAAUACAAAAUUAAAGGCUACACUUGCUGCUUUGAAAGAUGAGGUGGUUUCUGUUGAAAAUGAACUCUUAGAAUUGCAAGAAGUAGAAAAACAACAGAAAACCCUCAUGGAAGUAUAUAAAACUCAGGUACAAAAGUUGCAAGAAGCAGCUGAAAUGGUGAAAAGCAGAUGUGAAAAUUUGCUACAUGAAAAUAACCUAAUAACAAAAAACAAAAAUAAAAAGUUAGGGAAGAUGAGAGACCAGAUGGAGUCUCAUCUGGAGAAGUUAAAGCAUGUCCGUGAUUCCUUGACGGCAGCUGAGCGGAGGCUUCACAAGUAUCAGGAGAAUUUGCAGCGCUGCAAGGGGAAGUGUGCAGACCAGGAACACACCAUUAGGGAGCUGCAGGGCCAGAUUGAUGGAAAUCAUAAUCUUUUGAUGAAGCUUUCUCUGGAAGAGGAAAAUUAUCUUAUUCAGUUGAAGUGUGAAAACCUUAAACAGAAAUUAGAACAGAUGGAUGCAGAAAAUAAAGAGCUUGAAAAGAAGCUGGCAAACCAAGAAGAAUGUCUUAAGCACAGCAAUCUUAAGUUUAAAGAGAAAUCUGCAGAAUAUAUAGCAUUGGCCAGGCAACUAGAAGCUGCUUUACAAGAAGGCAGACAAAAGGUUUCUGAAGAAAUAGAGAAAAUGUCAUCUAGAGAGAGGGCUUUACAAAUUAAAAUAUUAGAUCUGGAAACUGAGCUUAGAAAGAAAAAUGAAGAGCAAAAUCAACUUGUUUGCAAAAUGAACAGUAAAGCACAGCAUCAGGAAGUGUGUUUGAAAGAAAUACAACAUAGUCUUGAGAAGUCGGAAAAUCAAAAUGAGAGUAUUAAGAAUUAUUUACAGUUUCUUAAAACUUCUUAUGUAACAAUGUUUGGAUAAAUUGUCAAAUUUAUUUUCUAUAAGCAGUAGAUUUUAUUAUGAGUCUAAAAUGUGAUUAGGUAAAGAAUAAAUAAAUAUACUACCAGUUGCUAUAUUUUAUGAUUUAUGGGUGGUAACAUUAGAGUUUUUAUAUAAAGAUUUUUGAAACAUAAUUUAUUAUCUUAUUGAAACUUUAAAACAAGAUAGCUGUUAUCCUUUUUGCUGGAUAAUUCUCAUUUAGCUCUGGUUUAAUUCCUUUUUAAAUUAUAUUGAUUUUUAGAACAUUUCUCUCUCUCUCUCUCUGUCUCUCGCUCGCUGUCUCACACACACACACAAGUCAGAUUCAUUCUUUGUGAUGUCUGUAGCCAUGAUUCAAGUGAAUUUGUAAUGAAUCUAGGUCAAUUGUGAGCCAAAUACAUGAUUUUAAAUAAUGUAUAUAAUUGUUUUAUAUUGUGGUGCUAUAUAAAUAUAAUAAAGGAAAAUAUUCUGAAUUUUACUUUUUAAUAAUGGUAUAAUUACAUACUUUCUAAAGAUACCAAAGGUCUUAAUAUAUUUAAUAUUGCUUCAAGUAUAUGCAGAGUUGCCAUUAUAAUUUCUGUUAGGUUUUAAAUAUAAAAUUUUGAGUCAUAGCUAUUAAAUGCCAACUGACAGUAACAGAUGAAAUCAUGUUGUCAGGCAUUGUUUCUUUAUAAAGAAUAGCCUUUCAGGCUGUC